AUGUCCCUCCCACGUUUAACGCGCUCCCUGCGCGGACCCCAGCUCAGCAAAACCCUUCGCCACUCCCUCACCACCACAACCCGCUACCAAUCCACCACUACCAACAACAACAAACCCGCCACCUCUACCUCCACAACAUCAACAUCAACAACUCCCAAGCCCACCACUACCUCCUCCUCCUCCUCAACCUCCACCCCCAAAACCACUACCCCCACCCUCAAAGACCUCCUCGACACCCCACCCUCCCCCGCAAACCCAACAGAAGACCGCAUCGACUGGACGCGCUCCUUCCACGGGCUCAGCGCGACGCCCUUCCCCAAAGAAUGCGCCGACAUCCUCCUCGCCCCGACCGACCCGGAAGAAGUCGAGAUCAAGCCCGACGGCAUCCUCUACCUCCCCGAGAUCAAGUACCGACGGAUACUGAAUAAGGCGUUCGGACCCGGUGGAUGGGGUCUGGUGCCUCGGAGUGAGAGCAUUGUUACGCCCAAGAUGGUGACGAGGGAGUAUGCGCUUGUUUGUAAUGGGCGGUUGGUUUCAGUUGCGCGCGGCGAGCAGGAUUACUUCUCUCCCGAUGGAAUCCCGACUGCUACGGAGGGAUGUCGGUCGAAUGCAUUGGUGCGGUGUUGUAAGGAUCUGGGGAUUGCGAGCGAAUUGUGGGAUCCCAGGUGGAUUCGGAAGUUCAAGGCGCAGUAUACGCGGGAGGCGUUUGUGGAGCAUGUGGUGAAUAAACGGAAGACGAAGAUUUGGGUGAGGAAGGAUGAUACGGUUGGGUAUCCGUGGAAGGAGACGAAGUUUUAG